GUAGAGGGAGCCCGCUGGCUUUGGUCUCUGAGUCUGAGUGCUACACAAUGAUCAGCUGCAGUGUGUGUGCAGCCUUGUCUCUCCUGCUGACUUUGGAAGCAGCAGUACCCCCGACACAAAUUCAAAUUAGCCAAGAACUGCCUCUCCGCCUGACUGGAGCCAUUCCCGCCUAUUCCUGCCCCCUCUUUUGGACCGAAUUCAAUGGAUAUUGUUUCCGUUACUUUCCUGAGACCAAGACAUGGGCCGAAGCUGACUUGUACUGUGCCGAAUUUUCAAAUGGAUUCAGAUCGGCAAAAUUAGCUUCUAUUCAUAGCUGGGAAGAGAAUGUGUUUGUUUAUGACUUGGUUAACAGUCGCGUUCCUGGAAUACCUACCGAUAUUUGGAUAGGUCUCCAUGAUAGAAGAGUGGAAGGGGAUUUUGAAUGGACUGAUGGAACAACAUAUGACUAUAACUAUUGGGAUCGCAACCAGCCUGAUGAUGGAACACAGUUAACACAGGAAGAGGAGGAUUGUGUGCAGAUAUGGUUCCGGCAAAACAGUGCUCUUAGAUCCUGGAAUGACAAUCGGUGCAGCCGUGAAUUUCCUUUUGUUUGUAAAAUUCCUUCCCUGGAGAACAAUUAACCACCAAAACCACCUUGGGCUGUUUCAAACCCAUUUUGAAGGUCAUUUCUCUGGAUCUAGCAGCACAGACACUACAUUCUAGUCAAUUGGGAAAACCUAUUUUGGAAGUUCUGAUCAAAGUGCCACAUCAUUAUAAUGUCAAUAUUGACUCCUCAGUAUUGGAUAACAGAGUUUAGUUUAUGUUCUGGCCUUUUUAUUUGCAGUCUUCAAUUACUCAUAGUCCUUUUGAUAUGUUGUGUGAUUGCAUUGUGUAUAGCAUAACACCAAACUUUAAUAUGCUCAGAUUGACUUUCUGCCCAAACACAUCGUCCUGAUUUUUGACUGAUAGGUCAGGUUUCCAAGAAUGUAUUAGUUAGAUGUUUGUCAUGUAUAUUUGUCUUAUGUUAGAUCUUUUAGUCAUAAACUCACCAAAAAAUGUAUUUGUUAAAAUUUGACAAGGGUUCAGAAAUAUAUGCAUUUAAUUUCACAUUGCUAAUCACAUUUUAGCAAAUUACUAGAAUGUUAAUUUUUUUUCCAAAUUGCAAUAUAAUUGUAGUUUCAAUCCUAUGAUCUUUGCCAUUUCCCACUUUUCCAUCAGCCCACUGAACCACAUUUCUCCUAAUGCUUCGCAUUGCCCUAGACUCGAACUCACAGUUUCCCUAUGUUUCUCUCCCGAUUCCCCUCAAGCCGUCUCCGAGCUCAGCUUGUCCAUGGGAUCCACCUCCUGUCUGCUAUUCCCACUGAACUGCUGACUACUCCCCUUCCUCACGCCCAUGUUAGUCAUUAUUGUUAAUGGUUAAAUCUCCUCAGGUACUACCCCCUUCUCCUUCAAAUCUGCUACCACCUACCCUCUCCUCAAAAACUACCUGACCAACUACCGCACCAGCUCUAGCCUCCCUUUCCUCUCCAAAGUCCUUGAAUGUGCUGUUGCCUCAAAAUCUGUGCCCACCUUUCCAGCAACAGCAUGUUUGAGUUCCUCCAAUCAGGUUUCCACCAAUCACCCCUGUGCUCACUAUCCUACAUUAAGUUCAGCAGUGCCUCGAUUUUAAAAUUCUCAUCCUUAUUGUUUUCAAAUCUCUCAAUGACCUUACUCCUCCCCAUCUUUGUAAUCUCUUCCAGCCCCACAACCCUCUGUGCUUCCCCAAAUCUAGCUUCUUCAGCAUCCAUGUUUUCAAUUGGUGGCCCAGCAAUUGGUGGUUGAACCGUCGGGCUGCUGCCAUGGCUGUAAACUCUGGAAUUCCCUCCCUGGACUUCUCUGACUCUACCUCAGUUUCCUUUGCUUUGCUUUGAAGCGCAGCUUAAAAUCUACCUCAUCUGCCCUAAUAACUCUUUAUGUGGCUCAGUGUCAAAUUUUGUUGGAAAUAGCUCCUAUGAAGCACCUGGGGCCAUUUUACUACGUUAAACAUUUUGUUGUUGUUGUGCUCUUGAUGUCAAUUCAGAAACCUGUAUUGUGGUAUCACAUUGACAUUAUUAUGUCAUAGAAUCUGUAUGAUAUUUCAGAUAUGCCAGUAAAGUUUGAAAAAAAAUAGUUCAGGUGCAAAAGUGCAGCAGUUUCACUUUUCUACUUACCUUUUGUAAUAGGGGCUGAAACAUUUUUUUGGGAAGGGAUGCUAUGUGUUCUCAUUAAAAUUUAACAAUAA